AUGCCAAUCACACAUUACAACAACAACAGUAAAACAGUUGGAUCAAACUCAUUAGCCGAGAAAAAAUGGUGGCAAAAAUUAGCAUUGGUCAGAAAAUUCAAGUUUACAUCCAUAUCCCAAAGAUUAGGCAAUACAGCAGCACAAGAUUGGAGGAAUCUAUCACCGAAUGAACCGCCUUUGCCAUUCUGGCUUUCAGUAACAGCAUCCUCAUCUUGUAAUAACAUCGUUGUUUCUACGCUCACGAAUUCCUGUUCUGUUGUGCCAUCAUCCAUCAAAUUUUCGAAGACAGAUGGAUUUACUUCCGAGCUGGCUCCGAUUUUCAAGGAAUGUCAAUCUGAUGCACUUUGUUCCUCUUCUUCAUCGACUUCUCUCUCUGCUGCUGCUGCUGGUGGUGCUGGAGCUCGAGAUUUAUACACUAUUCAAGAGGCAUCAGAGACAUCGCUUCUAUCCAAUUCGAACCACAUCAACACCAAUUCGUCCAUCAAAGAAGACUCUAUCUCUAGAAACAUUGCCUUUUCCAGCCUCAUGUCGAUCAAUCGAGCUCAUUGUAACAACACCUUCAAUCAUAACAACAGUAAUGACAAUAUGAGUGUGGAUGGUUACGAAACUGCACCAUCGUCAUGGUCCAUAUCUCCUCCAACAUCGCCUGUCAAAUUUAAGCCGAUACCCAAUAUACGCAUCGUCGAUAUCAAGUAUGAAGACAGUAUAGCCACCAAUGACGAUGAAGAUGAUGCAAACAGUCUGUCCAUCUCCAAUGCCACAGAUCAACUACCACCAUUAUCUUCUCCAGAGCCUAAAAUUAUUCUCGUCGAAGAAGACGAUGAGGAUGACAGCAUUGCAUUUACACCAAUUUUUGAAUGGCCCACCAAGUUUACCAAGUCACCAGAACCUCAUUUCGAUCCAUGUCUUGUAGGCAACGAAGAUGAAUGCAGGUUACAAUUUUGCAAGUUGGUGGCACAGGCAUAUCAGCUAUUCAGACAAGGGCAUCAUCAUUUUCCAAAAGAUGUGCAUGUGUUAUUUGAUGAUGAGGACAAUAUUCGAGGCAUUACCGUUAUAUCACAGAAGGGCGCCAGAGACGACUACCUGGAAUUUGGAGGAUCACCACAGUACAUUGCACCAGAACUAUCCAUUUGUCCGUCCUUUAACUGUGAGCAAAGCAGCAUCUGGGCAUUGGGAAUCUCACUAUAUCGUAUGUUGAUGGGCAAAUAUCCUUUUUGCUCUGCUAGCGGGCGUGAUCUCACUCACCGAGAGCUUUUUCGCAAAAUGUUUACAUCUGAUUUUGUGCUCUCAAAAGCAUUAUCAAAUGAUGCCCGAGAUUUAAUACAAAGAAUGCUUUCUCCUGAAAAUGCCAGAGCUUCAUUUGAUCUCGUCAUGUUUCACCCUUGGAUACAGCCCUAUGUUUAUUGGUCUGAUUCGGUAGUAAGAGAUCAUCAAGUGCAAGCAGAACCAGCCAAAGCAGCAGCAGCUUUGUCGACGACAGCACCAGCUGCAUCUUCUCAAUCAACCUCGAAAAUCAAAAACAAAAAGCACCGUAAGCGAAUCAAGAAGGCUGCUCGCAUCAUUCGAAAAGUAAUCCGUAUCAUAUUCAAAGGCCCCUAUCCUCCACCAGCUUCCUAUCAUGAUUUGGUGGACCGUCAUUGUAGAAAGAAAAAUCAAUAA